CAUUGUACCCAUACUAGUCGUCUUAUUGCUUCUUCAGUGACCGGUCUCCCUCGUCUCUUCAAAGUUCUACCAACCAUGACUGACCUCUCGCCGUACCCACCGAUCGACCCCACUACCUUCGACCUCAUCGUCAUCGGCACUGGCCUCCCCGAAUCCAUUAUUGCCGCUGCAGCUUCUGCCGUCGGCAAAUCCGUUCUUCACCUCGACUCCAACGCCUUUUAUGGCACUCACUCCGCCUCUCUCUCCAUCGCGGAGCUCUCCUCCUUCCUACAGAAUCCCCAUUCUAUCCCUCUUCCGCCACCACCCAAUGGUACGGAGACCACCAUGAUUAACCUCACCACCCGUCCCCUCUAUUCCGAUCUCGAAAUUUCCAAUCUUGCCCCUGACCUCCUCUCCGAGCACUCUAGAAGUUUCCAUAUCGAUGUUUCCGGACCUAGGGUCUUGUUCUGCGCGGAUAGGUCCAUUGAGUUUAUACUGAAAUCGGGAGCCAAUCAGUACGUGGAGUUCAAGAGCGUGGACGCCAGUUUCAUGGGAGAUGGAACCGGGGCAUUGUGGAGUGUGCCGGAUUCGCGUGCGGCCAUUUUUAAGGAUAAGAGCUUGGGAUUGCAGGAGAAGAAUCAGUUAAUGAGGUUCUUCAAGCGAGUGCAGGAGCACCUGCUUUCUUCUGCUGCUGAAGAGGAACAAGAGACUUCGUCGAGGAUUGCAGAUGCAGAUUUGGAGAGCCCAUUCGUUGAAUUCCUUGAGAAAAUGCGGUUGCCCCACAAGAUUAAAUCGAUUAUUCUGUAUGCAAUAGCCAUGUCAGAUUAUGAUCAAGGGAAGAUUGAGGAUUCUAAAUACUUGCUCAAGACAAGAGAUGGGAUAGAUCGUUUAGCUCUCUACCACGCAUCUAUCGGCAGGCUUCAAAAUGUUCCUGGGGCUUUGAUUUAUCCUAUUUAUGGACAAGGUGAACUACCGCAAGCCUUUUGUCGCCGUGCCGCUGUCAAAGGUUCUAUUUACGUACUGCGAAUGCCGGUUAUUUCUUUGCAUCUGGACAGGGAUAAUGGGUGUUUUAAAGGCAUUAGAUUAGCUUCGGGUCAGGAUAUAUUUAGCCAGAAGCUGGUCCUUGACCCAGCCCUUACAGUUCCAUUGUCAUCGGCUUCUUCUUUGGUAGACCAUCAACGUGUAAGUCUCGAAGAUGGUAGUGGGAAGGUUGCUAGGGCAAUAUGCAUUACAAGGAGGGCCUUGAAGCCGGAUAUAUCAAAUUGUCUGGUCAUAUAUCCUCCUAGAUCCUUGCACUCAGAGCAAACUACUUCAAUUAGAGCUCUCCAGAUAGGGCAAAAUCUAGCUGUUUGUCCUCCAGGCAUGUUUGUGUUGUAUCUUUCAACUUUGUGUGAUAAAGGCAAUCAAUGGAAGGAAUUACUUCGUUCAGCCAUUAAUACACUACUUACCAUUCCUGAUCCUGGAAACCCUGAUAGUAGCUCUUUGGUAGAGUGUGAAAAGAGUCACAAUAAAGAAGUACAGCCCACUUUGCUUUGGAGUGCAUUAUAUGUUCAGGAGCUCAGUACGGUUGAACAUGAUUUUAUCAGUUCCGCUCCAAUGCCAGAUGGGAACUUGAGCUACAACAAUCUUUUAGAUGCUACUUUGAAGCUCUUUCAGAAAAUCUAUCCCGAUGAAGAGUUUUUCCCAGAAACAGUCUUGUCUGACAAUUCCGAAGAGGAUGGCGGGCUGGGCCUAGAGACAUGAGAGUUACUUUGUUGGGGAUGACAUCACUUUGUUCAGCUUAGGACAUUAAAGUGUUUCAACUGUCAACCAACAAGGAUUUGGCUCAGGAGAUCGUGGAGGAUCUUGAUGGUUUCUGGUGCUUCUGGAGUAGGGACAAGCUCAAGUGCUAGAAAAAGUUUUUAAAACCUCAUUUUGUUGUGAAGCCAUUAAUCCCUUUUUUUAAAAUCUGAAGCCUUUGAAUUUUGAACUUGUGAAUUGGUUGGGUAUGUUCUUUAGAAGCGGGCAGCUUUUGCACUGCUUCAGGCAUCGCAUGUGGCACAUUAUUAGGAUAUUUCUUAUGAAAUGACAUGAUGUUUGUAAUGAAUGGAGGAGUUCCAUAUUUUUAGGGAUUUCAGCAAUGAAA